UUCUCCGUACUUCUCCAGCAGAUAAUCCGUGUUGGCGUUUUCGGUGAUCUAAAAUGUCUCUAAAUUCAGCAACGCAGUGAUGCUUAGGUGAAACUCAACUAGCGUUUUCUUCAACCUUACACCUGCUGCAAGGUGAGAUGGAUCCGUCCAGGAGGAGGAGCGAGAGCGACUGGCAGGCGCUGCUCAGCGAGUUCCUGGUUUGCAAGCGGAAGUUGGAGAGCAAGACAGAAGCUCUUCUGAUCCUGUCCAAAGAGCUGGACACCUGCCAGCAGGAGAGGGAUCAGUACAAGCUGAUGGCCAACCAGCUCCGCGAGCGACAUCAAGCGCUCAAGAAGAAGUACAGAGAACUCAUUGAUGGAGAUCCGUCUCUGCCUCCCGAGAAGAGGAAUCAAGUGAAUUUAGCCCAGCUGCUGAGGGACUCGAGAGAAAAGAGCGGUCGGCUUUCUGAGGAGGUCAAGGAGCUGAAGCAGCGGCUGCUCGAAGCUCAAGGUGAUAACAAGCUCCUACGAAUGACCAUCACCAAACAGAGGCUGGGAGAUGAGGAGGUUGGGGUUCGACACUUUCCUGCACACGAGAGAGAAGAUCUGGUGAAACAGCUGGAACAAGCUGGAGAACAAAACGAGGUGCUGGAACACAGCGUGAAGUCGCUCACGGACGAGCUGCAGGACGUUCGAGCAGAGCGGGACGUCUUUCAGCAGAAGGCUCACCGGCUCAACGUGGAAAUGAAUCACAUCGUGGGCAACGAAGAGAUUCGGAUUCUAGACAUAGAUGCACUCUGUGUGGAAAACAGGUACUUGCAUGAGCGGCUCAAUCAGCUUCAAGAUGAGGUCAGCCUGCUGAAAACCAACCUGGUGAAGUACAAGAGUGCUUUGGAGAGCAGGAAGAACUCUAAAAUCAGCGGCAAACCCAACAGCGGGGCUCUGACUGGGGUGCUUUCUGCUAAACAAGUGAAGGAGCUGCUCCUGUCGGAGGAAAACGGCUGCAGCUUACCGGUGACUCCUCAGUCCAUCUCCGACCUCAAGUCUCUGGCCACCGCUCUGCUGGAAACCAUCCACGAGAAGAACAUGGUGAUCCAACACCAACGGCAAAUCAACAAGAUUCUCGGUAUUCGAGUGGCAGAGCUGGAGACCAAACUGAAAACACUGGAGAUGUCGGGGUUGUGGAGACUCCCAGGCCUGACUUAUAAUGUGUCUCUGGGAUUUUGUGGAAAAGGCAGAGAUCUCCUGGUCCCUCGCUCUCAACAAGCUGAAGCGGCUGAUUCUCCUGGACAGGAAGGUCUGGAUGGUUCUGAACCGUCCGCACAGCAGAGCAGUCCUGAAGUUCUGAACCAAGUUGCCGAAACACCAGCAGUUCCUGAUUGUCAAGAAGAUGCUCCGACAUCGUCCGACGUGGAAGCGUCGCACCAGAGCGCUUCACAGCAGCCCAGCGAGGAUGAGCCGAGCAGCCCUCCGAGCGGAAGGCCGAGAAGCAGAGACGGUCAUGAAAGUGAUCGACCAGAGAGCACGACGGCGUGUACCGCUUUACCAACAGAAGACGCGCAUCUGAGUGACUCUGCUCCUGAAGCGUUGGAUCCGAGCGGAACCCGGUCACCAUCCGAUACCUGCCGACUUGGAGACGACUCCGAGCCAAUGAGAGGAGGACAAGAAGAGCCAAAAGAAUGUCCCGGGGAGGUGGAAGCUGUUGAGACUGUUGAGUCUUGUCUAACGGAUGAUAAUAUUGUCUCCACAACAACAGUUUCUGAAGAGCAGGAGGACAUGGACUGAAAUCAGGACACGCAAAGUCUUCCAGAAGCUAGUCGCUUGUCUCGUAACAUUUAAGAAAAAAAAGACGCAACUGUGACCAAACAAAAGGGAACUUAUUCUUAUGUGCUCUCUGAUAUUUUCAUGUACUUCCACCUUUAAAACGUCACCUAAACAAAGGACUUGUGCGACUGACACAACUGCUGCCUCCAGCGUCCGCGUGCAGCAGCUUCAUUGUAGCACAGGCUUAUUUUUACUUAUUUCUUUUUUUAGUGCGUGUCUAAAAAAUUGCACAAAAGGGCUAUGGCUCUAAUUUCUGUCUUAGAGAUCAAGUAUUUAUGCUUUUGACAUUCAGUUUCAGUGUUUAGCAGUCAUUAAAAUUGUUAUUACCAAGAACCGGUCCGGAACUUAAAUUUGGUCUUAAUCGUGAAGGAGAGCAUAAGAUAUGUUAUAAUUCUGCUGCUGCUGUAAUUAGACAUUUAUACAUUGAAAAUGAAUUUUGUUUCACGCAAAUGAAAUGAAAUGAUGACAAAGGUCAGUUCCUGUUGCCCGCUGCCUAUUAAAGGAAAAUGUCAGCAUUUAAACGACCCAAAGUUUGUUAUAAGAUGGUAAAGAGUGUAAUUUUUCAUUAGGGACCAAAAUGAUGUCAACUGAAUCAGUUUUGAGUGAGAAUGAAAUAUGUGUUUGAAACAAAAAGGAAUAUUAAGUGUAGCACUUACAGCAAAAUAAACUGCAAUUUAAAUCUCUGGCAAAACUUUCAAAAGCCACCCUACUUAGCUGACGGUGCGGAGAGGGCACCUACAGACAAAUUACAUUUAUCUUAACUUUGUAUUCGUACAGAAACCACUGUACAGACAUCUCCGUUCAUUUUAUUUUGUCAAAAAAUGUAUAAUUUAUACAAAAAGGGCAACUGUUAGAAGCAGAGGCCAAGAAAUCAGGCAGCAAUCAAACGGAGAUGCCUGCAUGAAAAGUCUUUUUUUAUGCACUUUUUGUACACAAUUCAAGGUUGUUAUCUUGGUUUUUCUGAGACACUCCAUUUGUAACGACAUUUUUAUGUCUUGUUAAAGGUUAAAAAUUUACCCGAGUGCUGACAUCAUUUUCAAUUUUUUUGUAAGCACAUAUUUUCCUCACACAAAACUGCUUCAGUUCAUGUCCUUUUAUGUCCCUGAUGAAGAUUUACACACCUAACCAUGUAAUGAUGGAGCCAAGCUUAUCUUAACUGCAGAAUGUUCCUUAAAGAUGGCGCUAAUUAAAAACAGAUUGUCAGUUUUUCUGCGUCAUCCUCCCACUUCUACGUGCUGCCUCUGUGACGUUAAAAACAAACUUACUGUAUCUUGAUAGUUACCGUGUCAACAAAUGCACAUCCAGCUGCUAUGCACAGUGUUGAAACAAAGAAGCAGUUUUAUUUUUAUAAAACCUUACAAGCACAUCAGAAUAAUCUGCAUUAGUAGAUAGAUAAAUGUGUCAAUCAUUCUGGUGGUUUGUCUAGAGAAGCUGCAGUCUGGAAAACUAUACUUCACUGGAAACGAUUUAAAAAAAUGUAUGUUGAACAGUGUGUGUCGAAACACUAUUUGAUUAAAAAGGUUAUUUAUUUCCUUUAGCUUAAUUCAUUGACAUAUUUAUUUUAAAAUAAAUGCUUA